UAAACCAUAAAGUUACCCAUACAAAAAGAUGUGAUAGUGCGAUAACGUUCUCGAUUGCUGCGAUGGAGGAGGUGUCAGUUAUCAGCUUGAACUGGUAUCAAUCAUACUGUGAUUUAGCCCAGAAUGGGAAAAUUUAUCACUAUUCUUUCAUUAAUCAUUAUAACUAUUAUAGUACGGGUUAGUUCGCUAAAGGAGGUAACGGCCGUGCCAUGUGAUAGUGUCUUCGGUUGCAUUGCACAAGUCAAAUGUGCACCGGAUCAAUUCUGGGCUCCGGCUGCCUCUCUAGACGGGUGUUGCCCCGGCUGCGUGAAAGGUCUUGGACUACAGCAGCCAGGCUGCGACGAUAGCAAUCCUUGUGCCCCUGGGUUAUUGUGCUCAGCUGGAGGUAUUUGUCAAUUGGAUACAUUUCUUGACCGUUUUUUUCAUGACGCAGCAACUUGCCUGGCGACAAAUCACAUUCCACCGAAAAUUCGCUGGAAACCGACAUGUGAUUCUGCGGGAAACUAUCUGCCGAAACAGUGCCGCGGCGAUCGUAUGCUGGGCCGUUGCUUCUGCUACUCAUCCAGCGGGAAUCGAAUAUUCGGCGGGGAUUGGCGUGGCAAGGCCGAUGAUAUGACCUGUGCCUGCAGCCGCCGUCGAGCUGACCUGGAAGCGGGUGGCAGAAACGACGUAACACUGCACUGUUCUGCCAACGGGAACUUCGAGCAGCUGCAGUGCGAUGGCGGAGCUUGCUGGUGUGCCGAUGCGAAAACCGGCGAACCUUGGCCGCAAGCUCCCAUCGUAUUGCCAGCAAUGUGGAAGAAUCUGCCGUGCUAUAACAAUUCUCUUCACGGUGACCAGUACCUGCGACAAUGUGAAAGUGAAGCGUUUGCUCAAAAAUUGAUGGACGAAAAAUUUGCAAUUCAUGGUCAUAUAAAUGCGACCCACACGUACACCGUGUGCGAUUAUGAUGGAACAUAUGGAAAAUACGAAAUCGAACGGGGAAUCGCAUAUUGCACCUGGCGUAAUGGAGAACGCACGACACCUUUUCAAGCAAGCAGCUUGAAAUUGAAUACGAUGGAUUGUAACUGUGCUCGCGAUCAGAAAAUAUUUGCCGCCGCCGGCAUCGAUAUGGUACUUUUAUGUGAGGAAAAUGGAAGCUAUGCACCGCUGCAAGAUCGCAAUGGAGAACUUUUUUGCGUAGAUCAGCACGGAUUCGAGGUAGCUUCGCAAGUUACACCGGAAACUGAUUGCGGGGAAUAUAUGUUUAUGUGAUCAUGUGCCAUUUACUAAAGACCUACUGUUAGCAAUAAGCAGAGCAUUUGCAGGUAAAUUUGAGCUAUAUGAGUGGAUACAAAUGCAUCACGAAAAAUUACCAUAAUUUGUUAAAAUCCUAAUGACUCAUACGCAGAUAAAUAAUUUCAAUCCUAUUGUGA